CCCCCUGUACUUGGCUCUGGUGAGGGGGCACCUCGAGUACCGUGUUCAGUUUUGGGCCCCUCGCUACAAGAAGGACAUGGAGGUGCUGGAGUGAGUCCAGAGAAGGGCAACAAAUAAUGAAGUCCAGUUGCCUUUUACCUGCUGAGAGGAGACAGGAGAAAGCAAAGCAAUCCCUAUGUGGCUUGGGAGGAGUGGAAGGGUUAGAAUGUGCUCCCUGAAACCUUCCCAGCAAAGACCAUGGGAUGCUGCACUUGGGCUGUGAGGCAUUUUAGAAGGGCUCUGGGGCAGUUUAGACAGCCUCAUGGCCCUGAGAGCAUGAGUGGGGCUCCGCAGCAGGAUACAUUCGUGCAAACCCACAAUGCUCCUAUCAGGCCCUUGGUUCAGAGGACACCAUGUUUUUUGCGCUGCCUACGUGAUGUGUUCUUUCCCAAAAGCUGUGCAUAUCAUUUCUUCUACUUCCUUGGGAAAAGGUCUUUGCUAAAUUUCCUCUUUUCUGUCUUUUCAAAUGAAUACAAUGCCCAGGACACAAGGAAACAUCUUUGACGGUCCAAGACCUUGGAAUGGAUUUUGAGCCUUCAAGAAGGAAUGUGGAGAUGGACAUCACAAGGGCUCCAGAAUCCUCACGGCAAGAGAUGGAGAGGAUCAUGGAUCAGAAGAUGGCUGUGCUGCGGAACCAACUGGAGGUUUCACAGAACAUAGCCCCACCUCUAGAGGAACAGGCCAACACCCAGACUUCCCUCCAGGCCAUCUCAGAAAAGCUACAUAAUCUGCAGGUGUGUCUGAAGAACCUGGAGGUAUCCAGAGAGCAAGACCUUCAGAUCCUCAGAGAAGAGAUGGAAGACAGAAUAACCAAAGCCAAGAAGUCCUGGACCAAGGACUGCCUGAUUGAGAUGGAAAACAAACUAGAAAAUAUUGUGGACAUUGUGGACAUAAACAUCACAAGGGCCCUUGAAUCCACUCAGCAAAAGGCAGAGAAGAUCCUGAGUGAGAAGCUGACUGAAUUCCAGAACCAACUGGAAGUUUCACAGAAUGUCUACAGAGAAGAGCUGAUUUCAUUGGAAAGCAAACUAGAAAAUAUUGUGGACAUUGUGGACAUAAACACCACAAGGGCCCUUGAAUCCACUCAGCAAAAGGCAGAGAAGAUCCUGAGUGAGAAGGUGGCUGUGUUGCAGAACCAACUGGAAGUUUCACAGAAUGUCUACAGAGAAGAGCUGAUUUUAUUGGAAAACAAACUAGAAAAUAUUGUGGACAUUGUGGACAUAGACAUCACAAGGGCCCUUGAAUCCACUCAGCAAAAGGCAGAGAAGAUCCUGAGUGAGAAGCUGACUGAAUUCCAGAACCAACUGGAAGUUUCACAGAAUGUCUACAGAGAAGAGCUGAUUUCAUUGGAAAGCAAACUAGAAUUUUUCAUAAUUCAGAUCUACAAAGUUGAUAUCUCCCUGGAUGCUGACACGGCUCAUCCCAGACUGGAAGUGUCAGAAGAUGGGAAAAGUGUGAAGGAUGCUGGCAUGAUCAGAAAGGUGCCCAUGAGGGAGAAGAGAAUUGAUUCCCACCUUUUUGUGUUGGCAAAGGAAGGGUACACAUCUGGGAGAUUCUACUGGGAAGUAAAUGUUGGAAAGAGAAGAAACUGGAUCUUGGGUGUUGCCCAGGAAUCUGUGACUCGCAAGGGGACAGUGGCUUUGUCUCCUAAUAAUGGUUUCUGGGUCAUAGGAUUAGUAGAUGGGCAAGAGUAUUGGGCUUACAUGGAUCCUUGGACCCAUCUGGCUGUGACUGGGACACUGCAAAAGAUUGGGAUCUUCCUGGACAUCUCCACCAAGCAGCUGUCAUUUUACAAUGUCCAUAAGAAAACAAUUCUGCAUGCUUUUACCAUUGCUGAUGACAGCAUGCAGGAAGGGAAAUUAAUUCCCAUCUUCUCAACAGGUUCUGCUUCUGCAAAGACUGACCUUGAGCCACUAAGUUUAGUGUAGUAUUUUGAUGAUGGUAACAGAUCCUGAGAUCAAACUGAUGUCCUGUCAAACAAUCCUGAAGAUGUGCUUAUCAAUCAAAACAAGACAGGUAAUUCAUAUAAGAAACACUUGGCACAGCCUGGUAACCCUGCACUGAGUCAAUCAGAAGACGCCUUGGAGGACUGAUUGCUUGUGUGUGAGACACAAGCAUGAAAGAACUUCAGUUAUAGUGAACACUUAUGCAGAAGAGUGAAAUGUCUCCUCAGGGAAUGAGGUGAAAGAAUAUGCCUUUUGUAUUGCAUCCUUCUGGCUCUAUGGUUUUCCCACAUCUGUCAAUCAAAAUGAAAGUGAAUAUCCAAGAGAUGUAUUUGUACAAAAGCAGAUCACUGUUCUGGAGCAAGAAAGCUUUCUAGUGAGCUUGAAACACACUUCACAAGAACAAACUUCACCUCUGUACUUAAAUUUGCACUAGUCACAUAAGGCCGCUUUCAAACCAGUUGAGAAACAGUGGCAUGUCCUGAAGGCAGUUUACCUGACUUGUCAUCCAAGUUUGCUCUAGAGGUGUGGACAUUGCAUUCUGAAAGUUCCUAUUUUGUUCCAAAUGCUUCAAAAGUUAACAAGGAUUAGUCAGUCAUUCCUAAGUAUCUAAAUGGUCCAAGAUGAAAUUUUACUCACAGCUAAAUAUUUGGGGCAUUUGUAAUUUCUCCUAUUGAAGCUUUGCACUAAAUAAUUCAAUGUUCACUUAAAAAGAGCAUAGGAGGCAGUCCUAUCCACCAUAUUUUUGUAUGCAGUCUUUACAUGCUGGAGGAUUUACAGUGUUUGGAUGUGCUUCGCUUUCUAGUGAGUGAUGACUGACUUAACUUGUUGCAGGAAGAAUGGCUAAAAACAUGACAGACACCAGUAUGGCCA